AUGAACUUUCCAGCUUUUGGGAGUUUUCCCUCAAUUCAUCAUCAAUUCACGACAGCUGCAGUGACCUCAACACCCUCAUCGCAGGAAAAUCGAUAUACAAGCUAUCAGGCGCCAACAUCAUCGUCUACAAAUCCAGUAAAGUUUCGUGCUGAGGAUAUGGCAUCAACAAAUAUAAAUAAGUACGUCACACACUAUCCAACAGCAUCAGCAACACAUUUACAGUAUGGAUAUAAUACAAAUCAACAGCAAGCUGAGAAUCCAAAGACUAGUUAUGUCCAUACGACGAGUGCACCGACAUCAUCAAUAACCACAUCCCAUACGACAUCUGAAUUAUCGCAAGAUAUUACAAGCUUAUUGCUUAAAGAACAAUCUGUUGGAAAUGACUCGACUAAGAGAGUCUUACAGACAUCAUCAGUUGCUGACUAUUUAAGUCAUUUACCCACACUUCAUCACUUCCUUAAAUAUUCAGCAGAAACAGCUGCAAUUAAGAAGGAAAAUGUCAGUACGAGUUCGAUUUUUCAGACUCAGCCUGUUGCUUCUCAAAGCUUGAAUUUAAUUCCUUCUACGUCAUCAAUUGCGAAUAUCAUACAUACGCCUAUCCAGCAGAACAUUCAGACAAAUCAGGCAAACAUUCAAGUUUCAACUCAACCCCAACAAAUAUCAGCACCUAAUACUGGAAAUGUCACGACAACAUCUAAUCCAACAGCUACAAAGAAGAAGAAGAAAAAGAAGGCACCAAAAGAAAAGAAGCCACGACCAAAAGCUGGAGAAAUUCGAUUGAAAUUCGCACUUGAUGGAUCAAUGCUUUUUGUAUGUCCCGAGUGUCAAGUUGCUUAUCCAGAAAAGGAAAUUCUCGAUCAGCACAUGAUUGGUCAUCAAAAUAUGGAGAGACGAUUUGUAUGCGAGAUUUGCAACGCAGCAUUAAAACGUAAAGAUCACUUGACAAGACACAAACAAUCACAUAAUCCGGAACGUCCUUAUUUGUGUCAUUGCCUCAAAGCAUUCAAGAGAAAAGAACAACUGAGCCUUCAUGCUGUUAUACAUUCAGGCAAUAAGAAGCACUCGUGUAGUGAAUGCGGUAAGGGAUUUUAUCGAAAAGAUCAUCUACGUAAGCACAUGAGAUCGCACAUUGCGAGAAGAUUAAAAGCUGAACUAUCUCAACAAAUGGGUCAUAAUCAAAAUAAUACACAAUCAAAUGGUCAGGAUCAACAGCAGCAACAGCAACAGGGACAAUCGGAAGCACCACAAAUCAUGCAAAUUCAACAAAAUUGUUAA